AUGCCUGUACAUGCAAAGCCUGAACAAAGAAAUGUAUAUAGAAAGAAGGAGAGAAAGAUGGCAGAUGAACGACCAUCCAAGGAAGUAGAGAAAGUUGAUGUAAAUGAACUUUUAACAGUUUAUCAAAUCAGUCCACCAGUCAAUCUACAGACAAAGAAGAACACAACCCAAGUUGUCCAUCUUAAUAUGAGAAGAAACUAUACUACUGUUAUGUUUGGAAGUGAAGUUUUGUAUCGUUACAGGAAAACAAGAAAGUUUGCUGGAGUCUCAGAAAAUACACAGAUUAGAGCUGAAAUUACAGAAAACGCCAAUGAAGAUUACAUUAAUGUACGGCCAAAUCCUACAUGUUACCAAUGUCGAAAGCUUGUGGAGGAAGUUAAAUGGUUAAAACGAAUAAUCAGAGAGGGACACAGUUUAACACAUAUAAAGAACCCAGGGUGGGAAAAUGAAUAUGUUGAGGACCCAGAACAAAUCAGUCCAAGGGUCAAUGCUGCGUUUGUGUACAAGAAAAGUCGAACAAGGACAGAGGAGAUUGAACAGCUACGAAAAGAAGUCACUCGGCUUCAGAGAGAAUUGCGUCUCAAGUCAGAAGAGGUGUAUGCUUUGAGGGGGAAAGGUCAGAAGGAAGUACUGACCACCAGUCAGUCAAAGGGAACCAGCAAAUCACAUUUAAGGGAUCACCAUACCCUUGGUGAAACAGAAAGCAACAUAAGAAGUAUGUAUACACAACUUUACCAGAAGGAAUGGAGUCAGGCUUAUGCCUAUCAAAUGCAGGAAAGUGUUGAAAAGACUGUUGCCCAUGGUAACCUACUCAACAUCAUUCAGCUGUCCUUCAGCCAAUGUAGAGAUGUUGCAGACAGUCAGUUGUCAAGGAUCCUACAGGCUUCCUCUGUAAUGACAUCCAGUACACCACCUCAGACUUCCACAAAGAUGCCACAACAGACCUCCACAAAGACACCACCUCAGACUUCCACAAGCAUGCAACAACAACAAUCAAAACAAAGCCUAGUCACAACGCCGCAUAGUUCCAGCUGUUCUGAUCCUUUGUACAAAGAUGCUGCACUAUUCCAACGUCAAAUCUGUUAUCAGCUUCUCCCUGAAGUUCAGAAGAAAAUAAUUCCAGGUAUUAUGGAAAUUCUGAAUCUUAGACCAGCCCUGAAAUCCAGCACUGUGAUAAGGACAUACGCAAACAAAUGUAUUCAAGUAGCCUGGAAAAUUACGACCCAGACAGAUCAAGUCUAUCUUGACAACAGCGUUGUUCGAUUUUCAGACUUUGAUACUGUCAAGUAUGAUUAUUUUGAUGAAGAACUGGAAAAUUUUAAUUAUAUUGUUUGGCCUGCAUUGCUGUCUGACGGCUCCCAGCUGGUGGCAAAAGGUGUUGCUGUAGCAACUUCAAAGGUGCAAUGAUUUUCAUUUAGCGUUGCAUUGAAUGAAACAGUAAAUAAAUUGUAGACUGACUUUUAUAUACAAGAAAUUAAUAUUUGCAUUAAGUUUGUUUCGA